AUGGAGCCCAUUCCCUCUAAUACUACCCAGGUCACUGCCUCAGAAGUUCGCCCUGAUGAUCCUAUUAUAAACGACAAGCUUGCUCGUGGUCAAAUAGAGCAACUGGCGAUCAAUGCCCUGAAUGAAUUUGGCCAGGGUAUCGCCAAAACGGAGUUUGCUAAGAAGGAUGGAGAGGAGGACCAGAACGACAUCAAGAAGGAUGGAGAAGGAGAGGAGGAGGGCCUCAAGAAGGAGUAUAUUAAAACUGACAAUGGCGUGGAGACCUGGAGCGAUCAGACGGCUCUUUUGAAGUAUCUCGACAAGAACUACUUUGGCAGGUCGAUGUUUAAGGCACACGAGUGGCAGGUCAAGGAGACACAAGAGAGCUGGAUGCUCUGCUACCGUCAAGACGUAUCCUAUGCUUCUAUCGACACGAACAACUACAUAGAGUCCUGGCACAAUACUCUCAAGCGUCAUUUCUUCCGAGACAAGCAGCAGCGGCGCCCGGAUACAGUCAUCUAUGUCCUUGCUAUCUUGGCAGUCCCGCACUUCCAACAAAAGUGCAUACGGAGCAUCGUCAACGUUGGUCGAAUGAACCCCGCCCAAUCAGAGGAGCUUAAGAAAACGGCAAUUGCAGUCGACCAUAUCAAGACCAGGGAAUCAAAGGGAUAUGUAGGCGCAUAUAUUACGCAGACCUCUGACGAUACCCUUUACGUAGAGUCCUUUACCAACCCUACCGUUGGCUACGACAUCAAGAUCGACUUCUCCAAGACACCCACUGGCCACAUCACUAGAUGCACCUGUGAGUAUUUCCAAAACCACAGAAGCUGCUGCAAGCACAUUGCUCUAGUACAGGUAGAGAUACCUUCCAUCAGUCUCUUUCGCGCUGAUUUCUGGGAACACCAAGCGAAUUUCCACCCUGGAAUGCUAAAGCCAGACAUGCAGGGUUACCCAGCCUAUGACGCUCCGGAGAUGAAGGAUAACUAUGACUAA